CAGAAUGCUGUAUGCGUCGCUCCACCUCCCACUACUUUUGAUGCGCGCGUAUACCACGGGAUCUGUGGGUCUCUCUCACCUGCACUCCCGCGUCCUCACCAUGCCGUGGUGAGACGCAAACGGAGAACCAAUCCACAGUUUGAAGCCGGGAUCGUGCUGGGACUUGGAGUCCCUUUCCUUUUCCUCCUUCGGAACGUGACCCGGAUGUCUCUGCUGGCCGUAGCGUCAUGUGCGGCGCCGGCGCAGAGCGAGAAAGAGGCGAGAGCACCGUGAAGCCAAAGCCUUGGGCAUAGCUGGGAGGCAAACUUCAGUGGAGGUGUUUGUCUUUUUCGGCAGGUGAUGGCGCCCCCCGCGGCCUAGAGGUCCAGCACCCGCGGUGAGCCACAGACAGCCCUUCCGUUGUGUCCCACCGAGAGUCCUGGGACCAGUGAAUAUGUUGGUGCCGCUAGCCAAGCUCUCCUGCCCGGCAUAUCAGUGCUUUCAUGCCUUAAAAAUUAAGAAAAAUUAUCUACCUCUGUGUCAUACAAGAUGGUCUUCAACUUCUGUUGUACCUCGAAUUACUACCCACUAUACUAUUUAUCCCCGGGAUAAGGACAAGCGAUGGGAAGGAGUGAACAUGGAGAGGUUUGCAGAAGAAGCAGAUGUAGUUAUAGUUGGCGCAGGCCCUGCAGGACUCUCUGCAGCUGUUCGUCUAAAGCAAUUGGCUACUAAACAUGAAAAGGACAUCCGUGUGUGUCUAGUAGAGAAAGCCGCUCAAAUAGGAGCUCAUACUCUCUCAGGGGCUUGCCUUGAUCCACGUGCUUUUGAAGAAUUAUUCCCAGACUGGAAGGAAAAGGGAGCUCCACUUAACACUCCUGUAACAGAAGACAGAUUUGGAAUUUUAACAAAGAAAUACAGAAUUCCUGUGCCAAUUCUUCCAGGUCUUCCAAUGAAUAAUCAUGGCAAUUACAUUGUACGCUUGGGACAUUUAGUGAGCUGGAUGGGAGAACAAGCAGAAGCCCUUGGUGUUGAAGUAUACCCUGGUUAUGCUGCUGCUGAGGUACUUUUUCACGAAGAUAGCAGUGUAAAAGGAAUUGCCACUAACGAUGUAGGGAUACAAAAGGAUGGUGCACCAAAGGUAAACAUUUUAACAGUUAUGUGCUUAACAAACUGA